GUAAUGGUGGCAAACCUAGAUUUAUUAUAGUGCGCACUCCGUAUAUUCUUUUGCGACUACUGAGCCACUGAGUACUGAGGUUGACACUUUUAUCCCUCUCUCUCUCAUACAAGAGUCACGGACGGAAGAAAGCUCUAAUCUCUCAUCAAUGGCUCAGAAACAAGAAGCAACAACCAGAGAUGAGGGAGUAGCAGUGUCUACAUUUUCUCUGAAUCCGUGAAAGAAUCGUCCAUUUCUCCUUUACUCUCAACCAAAGAGGUGAAAGUUGCGAAACUCUUUGACCGGGGUUCCAAUGGCGGAAAGCACUGAAGCGAAAAGUAUGCCAGAAGCUGAGAAGAAGAAAGAGCAGAGCCUUCCAUUUUACCAACUUUUCUCUUUUGCGGAUAAGUACGACUGGUGUCUGAUGAUAGCAGGAAGCUUUGGUGCCGUCGUUCAUGGUUCUGCCAUGCCGGUUUUCUUCCUCCUGUUCGGUGAUUUAGUGAAUGGAUUUGGUAAAAAUCAGUACGAUUUGAAGAAAAUGACGGACGAAGUCUCCAAGUAUGCGCUCUACUUCGUCUAUCUUGGACUCGUUGUGUGCUUAUCCUCCUAUGCAGAAAUCGCUUGUUGGAUGUAUUCGGGAGAGAGGCAAGUGAGUACGCUGAGGAAGAAAUAUUUGGAAGCAGUGCUAAAGCAAGACGUUGGGUUCUUCGAUACAGACGCAAGAACUGGGGACAUCGUUUUUAGCGUUUCCACGGACACACUUCUCGUCCAAGAUGCCAUUAGCGAGAAGGUGGGCAACUUCAUACACUAUCUUUCGACCUUUCUUGCCGGGUUAGUGGUGGGUUUCAUAUCGGCAUGGAAGCUGGCACUGCUGAGCGUGGCCGUGAUUCCAGGGAUUGCCUUCGCUGGGGGUCUUUAUGCAUACACUCUCACGGGACUUACUUCCAAGAGUCGAGAAUCGUACGCCAACGCAGGCAUCAUCGCUGAGCAGGGAAUUGCUCAAGUUCGGACGGUAUACUCGUACGUGGGAGAGAGCAAGGCACUGAACUCCUAUUCAGAUGCAAUACAGAACACAUUGAAACUCGGAUACAAGGCUGGGAUGGCCAAGGGCCUUGGAAUUGGAUGUACCUAUGGUAUUGCAUGCAUGUCUUGGGCCCUUGUGUUUUGGUAUGCCGGAGUUUUCAUCAGGAAUGGGCAGACGGAUGGUGGGAAGGCCUUCACUGCAAUUUUCUCUGCCAUUGUUGGUGGCAUGAGCUUGGGUCAGUCAUUUUCAAAUCUUGGUGCAUUUAGCAAAGGGAAAUCAGCUGGAUACAAGCUUAUGGAGAUUAUCAAGCAAAAACCCUCUAUAAUUCAAGACCCUUCAGAUGGGAAGUGUUUGACAGAGGUUAAUGGGAAUAUCGAAUUUAAAGAUGUUACAUUUAGCUAUCCAUCUCGGCCAGAUGUCAUCAUCUUCCACGAUUUCUCAAUUUUCUUCCCCGCGGGGAAAACAGUUGCUGUAGUUGGAGGUAGUGGAUCAGGGAAGAGCACUGUAGUUUCGCUUAUUGAAAGGUUCUACGAUCCUAAUCAGGGGCAGGUGUUGAUGGACAAUGUAGAUUUAAAGACCUUGCAAUUGAAGUGGUUACGGGAUCAGAUUGGUUUAGUGAACCAAGAACCAGCUUUGUUUGCAACUACCAUACUUGAGAACAUACUCUAUGGAAAGCCUGAAGCAACCAUUGCGGAAGUGGAAGCUGCUGCUUCUGCUGCAAAUGCUCAUAGCUUUAUUACUUUGCUUCCAAAUGGCUAUAAUACACAAGUAGGAGAGCGAGGAGUUCAGCUUUCUGGUGGUCAAAAACAGAGAAUUGCCAUUGCGAGAGCAAUGCUGAAGAAUCCGAAGGUCCUCCUACUUGAUGAAGCUACUAGUGCCCUUGAUGCAGGCUCAGAGAGCAUUGUUCAGGAGGCUCUGGACCGCCUCAUGGUUGGGAGAACUACUGUUGUUGUUGCCCAUCGCCUCUCCACAAUAAGAAAUGUUGACACGAUUGCUGUUAUUCAACAAGGUCAAGUUGUUGAGACAGGAACCCACGAUGAACUAAUUGCCAAAUCUGGAGCUUAUGCCUCCUUAAUUCGAUUCCAGGAAAUGGCAAGAAACAGAGAUCUUGGGGCUCCUUCAACCUGUCGUUCAAGGUCAUCACGUUUGAGCCACUCACUUUCUACAAAGUCUCUAAGCCUGAGGUCUGGUAGUUUAAGGAACUUGAGCUAUCAGUACAGUACAGGUGCUGAUGGUCGGAUCGAGAUGAUAUCAAAUGCUGACCGCAAGAACCCAGCACCUAAUGGAUACUUCUUCCGACUUCUGAAGCUGAAUGCACCUGAAUGGCCAUAUGCAAUAAUGGGGGCUGUUGGAUCAGUUCUGUCUGGGUUUAUUGGCCCGACCUUUGCAAUUGUUAUGAGCAACAUGAUCGAGGUGUUCUACUACAGGGAUUCUAAUGCCAUGGAGAGGAAAACAAAGGAGUUCGUCUUUAUAUACAUCGGUACAGGUCUAUAUGCUGUUGUGGCAUACUUGACACAGCACUAUUUCUUCAGUAUAAUGGGGGAGAACCUAACAACUAGAGUUAGGCGGAUGAUGCUUGCAGCAAUUCUGAGGAACGAAGUGGGAUGGUUCGAUGAAGAAGAGAACAACUCAAGCCUGGUCGCAGCUCGACUAGCCACUGAUGCAGCAGAUGUAAAAUCCGCCAUUGCUGAGAGGAUCUCUGUUAUACUACAAAACAUGACAUCGCUGCUGACAUCAUUCAUUGUUGCUUUCAUUAUCGAAUGGAGGGUUGCGCUCCUUAUCCUGGCUACGUUCCCUCUUCUAGUCCUGGCCAACUUCGCCCAGCAACUUUCUUUGAAAGGUUUUGCUGGAGACACAGCCAAGGCACAUGCUAAGACAAGCAUGAUUGCAGGAGAAGGUGUGAGCAACAUUCGCACAGUGGCAGCCUUUAAUGCCCAGGACAAGAUCCUCUCCCUCUUCAGCCACGAGUUAUGUAUCCCACAGAUGCAAAGCCUACGUCGCAGCCAGUCUUCUGGCCUUCUCUUUGGGGUCUCCCAGCUCGCUCUUUAUGCCUCUGAGGCUCUCAUACUCUGGUAUGGUGCACAUCUUGUCAGUAAAGGCACCUCUACCUUCUCUAAGGUCAUCAAGGUCUUUGUUGUCCUUGUCAUCACAGCUAAUUCAGUAGCAGAGACUGUUAGCCUUGCUCCUGAGAUAAUAAGGGGAGGGGAGGCUAUUAGCUCUGUUUUCUCAAUUCUUGAUCGCUCUACCAAGAUUGAUCCAGAUGACCCAGAGGCUGAACCAGUUGAGUCAAUCCGAGGGGAAAUUGAGCUCCGCCACAUUGACUUUGCUUACCCGGCUAGACCUGAGCUCAUGGUGUUUAAAGACCUCAACCUCAGGAUCCGAGCUGGGCAGAGUCAAGCCCUUGUUGGUGCCAGUGGGUCUGGCAAGAGCUCUGUAAUUGCACUGAUCGAGCGCUUCUAUGAUCCAUUGGUUGGGAAAGUUAUGAUUGAUGGAAAAGACAUUCGGCGGCUUAACUUAAAUUCCCUCAGGCUCAAGAUUGGGUUGGUUCAACAAGAGCCGGCCCUGUUUGCAGCAAGCAUCUUUGAGAACAUUGCAUAUGGGAAGGAUGGAGCCACAGAGGCUGAAGUAAUUGAGGCAGCUAAUGCUGCCAAUGUGCAUGGGUUCGUGAGUGGAUUACCAGAUAGGUAUAAAACACCAGUGGGGGAGAGAGGAGUGCAACUCUCAGGUGGACAGAAACAGAGAAUAGCUAUUGCUAGAGCUGUGCUAAAAGACCCAGCAGUGUUACUACUAGAUGAGGCCACAAGUGCACUAGACGCAGAGUCAGAGUGUGUCCUCCAAGAAGCCCUUGAAAGGCUAAUGAGGGGGCGGACCACGGUGCUUGUAGCCCACAGGCUCUCAACUAUUCGAGGGGUGGACAGCAUUGGUGUGGUACAGGAUGGCCGCAUUGUAGAACAAGGCAGCCACGCUGAGCUGAUCAGCCGGGCUGAUGGAGCUUAUUCAAGGCUUCUGCAGCUGCAGCACCAUCACAUUUGAACAGUUUUGAUUGAAGCAGCAUAGCCUCUGUUGGGUUGGAUGAUGUCUGGGUUCCCCAUUAACGUGUGUAUCCAAUCCCCUCUUACCUCUUCGGUCCAACUUUCUUACUCUCCGAAUGAGUGAAUGAUGGAUGAUGUAUGUAGAUAUGAGCAUGAGUUGGCUGUUUGAUGUGGAAAGACUCUUUGGGGAUUGCUCCUUUUUACAAUGGGGAAGCAUAAGACAAUUCAUAAAUAGAUAAGGUGCAUUAGUUUGUAA